CACAGCUUCAUGUUAUCCUUUCAGUCUCAUACACACGGUAUAUAUCAAUAUAUAUGUAACCAUACCGUCUUAUAUUAUUACUAGAUAGAAAAAGACGAAUACAGACUACAUUAACAGACAAACAAGGACACAUUUGCUGUCCUGUUCCUGUUUCCCAUCCCCACCACUUAGCUUCAAAACCAAUCCUUUCUUCCCAAGCCACAUAAACCCGGAUUUCCUCCAACGAUACCGUUUCAUGCUGACAGAUAUUCUUGAAAGAUAGAGAGAGAGAGAGAAAAAGGGAGAUAAGGAAAUGUUGUAUUCUGAUUUAGCAAUACAGGGUUUGGCGGAUUACGAGAUGGCGUUGGACAGUACAAUCGAGAACUGCCUUGUCCUAACCUCCGACCCAAAGCCUCGCCUCCGGUGGACGGCUGACCUCCACCACAGAUUUGUUGAUGCUGUUACGCACCUCGGUGGCCCCGACAAAGCGACACCAAAAACUAUCUUAAGGACAAUGGGAGUAAAAGGCCUGACUUUGUACCAUUUGAAGUCUCAUCUUCAGAAAUACCGUAUGGGGAAGCAAGCAAACAAGGAGUUGACUGACAACUCAAAAGAUGCUUCUUGUGUUGCCGAGAGUCAAGACACAGAUUCAUCAUCUAUAUCAGCUUCAUCAAAGAUGACGGCACAAGAUAUAUCUGAUGGUCUCCAGGUAACUGAGGCUCUGCGGGUGCAGAUGGAAGUUCAGCGUAGACUGCAUGAACAGUUGGAGGUCCAACGCCACCUAGAGAUCCGGAUAGAAGCACAAGGCAAGUACCUGCAAUCGAUACUCGACAAAGCUUGCAAGGCUCUCGAGGAUGGGGUGCCAGCUGGCAGCACGAGUCUCGAGGCCGCCAGCCAAGAGCUCUCGGAGCUAGCAAUCGACUGCCGUGCCAUGCUGUCAGAUAUUGCCUCAGACAUUAACAACACGAGUGCCCUGCCCAUUUUGCCAGCUCAUCUCGGAGAAUGUCCAUUGGUUGUGGGCCCGCAGAUUAAGAAACGUCCACGCCCUAUGCUCGGCUGCGAAACGUGGGAAAUAUUUUAGUUUUCGAGAAACAAAAGACGGUAUUUUUUUUUUAUUUAUUUCUUGUUUUGUUUAGUGGGUUUUCACUUUGUGUGAAGGAUCAAAUGGUUUUGCACAUUCUUGAAAAGACACUUGAGUUAUUUUGGUAAAUGGUAAGAAAUUAUUCGGAGGGCUUACUGGAGAUAGUACAUGCUCAUCUUUUUUUGUCUCCUUGGGAUGGUUUUUGUUUUUCGUUGGCUCAGUUGUGUUAAUUGUGAUGAAAGUACUCCAUCCGGACCCCAGUUAUAGUUGCAGUUAGGUUUGUUUCUUAUAUCCAAUUUUUUUUUUUGGAAAAUUAUACUUUGUCUACCAAACUAUUCUCGUUUUAACACUUUGCCCACUCAACUUUUUCCGGUGACACUUUAUCCCUUGAACUUCACAUAUUCUUGCACUUAA